AUGAUGCUCGGAGAGGGGAUCAGUCCCACGCCGGCGAUCAGGAUCCCGGCAUGGCCUGCGUGCGAUCUCCGGCCGGGAAGCGGCUUCUCCUGCGGUAAUGGCGCCGGCGGCGGCGCAGGUGAGUUCUCCUCGUACCUCUACGGAGAAGGUGGGGGGAUGAACAGUGUCCUGCUCCUCCCUACUGCGAACGAGGGGUACCUGUCGGAUGAAGGGGGGGAGGAGUCGGAGGCGGUGGACUCGCCGGUGGAUGCGUACUCGUGCGAUGAGUUUCGGAUGUACGAGUUCAAGGUGCGGCGGUGCGCGCGCGGCCGGUCCCAUGACUGGACCGAGUGCCCGUACGCUCAUCCGGGGGAGAAGGCGAGGCGGCGGGAUCCGCGGAAGUUCCAUUACUCGGGCACCGCUUGCCCCGAUUUCCGCAAGGGGAGCUGCAAGAGGGGGGACGCCUGUGAGUUUUCUCAUGGGGUCUUCGAGUGUUGGCUCCACCCGGCGAGGUACCGCACGCAGCCCUGCAAGGAUGGGGUGAAUUGUCGCCGCCGUGUUUGCUUUUUCGCUCACACUCCGGAGCAGUUGCGGAUUCUUCCUCAGACGCAACAGCAGCAGAGCCCCAAGACACCUGCCGCCUCCGACUCGUACGACGACUCCCCCCUUCGAUAUCACGCCUUCGACGCCUACGUCACGCAAAACAUGUUUUCCUCGUCACCGGGCAUGACUCCACCAUCCGACUCGCCGCCUCUGUCGCCAAGUGGGCCGUCCCUUCGUCGUGUCUCGCUCACGGUGGGGUCUCCCGUGAACGAGGUGUUGGCUUCUCUGCGGCAGUUGCAGUUGAGCAAGGCAAUGUCCGUGCCGGCUUCCUGUGGUCUGCAGGUUGGCGGGAUGGUCUCUCCGCAGGGUGUCAACGUGCGGCCGGGUUUCUGCAGCCUUCCGGCGACUCCGACCAACACACCCAUGGGCAACGGCGGCGGAUUUUUAGAUGUAUGGGAAGAGCCCAAGGAGCGGGUAGAGUCCGGGAGGAACUUGAGGGCCAAGCUCUACGAAAAGCUGAGCAAGGAAAACUUCAUGGGGAAGCAAAUGAAAGAUGAUCAUGACGGGGCAGCGGCGGUUGUGGGGCCUGAUGUCGACUGGGUCUCGGAGCUGUUGAAGUGA